AUGGGAAGGAGAUCAUCUGAGAAGGAGAUGGAGGUCAUCGAACUAUCUUCGGAUUCAGAACAAGAGGUCUCGGCGACGAAAGCUGUGGUACCUGAGCGGACAUCUAGGUCUCCUUCGCUGGACCGCCUUGAAACUCCUUUCUUCAAGGCACCUGGGAUUGUUUACAAAGAUGACGACGCCAACAACCAAGAAGGGGAGAAAUUUGUGCAGCCAAAGGACAAACAAGAACCUAUAUCACAAUCCACUGAGAGCGAUGACAAAUCUCUCAGUCGCAAACAUGUCUGCAUCGAGAUUCCGCUGCCAACAUCAUCGGAAUUACAGCAAAGAAAGGUCGAGGCUGCUGCAGAAAAAACUGAGGAGUCAUCCAAGACUUCGGCCGACAGGCGGCAUAUCACGUUUGACGACAGUGAGAGUGAGCAGUUCAUCACUCUUAAGGAGGAGGCUGCGUCACGCAAUGGUCUGGGGAAUGGCUCAAAGAAAUCUGAGAGGGAAAUUGUUCAGGAUUCCCAGGAUGAAGAGGAAGAUAGCGAGGAGUCCGAUGACGAUGCUCCCCCUGAGGAGGUUGCUACGGGUGAGGCUGAAGCCGCUCUGCUGAAAGCUGAAAGAGCUGCCGCGAAGGCUGCCGAACAACAAGCUGCGGCGCUGAAGAGGAAACGUCAGGAGCGUGAUGCGUUUCUUAAGCAGCAGGCUGAGCAGAGGAAGCGCAAUAAGAAGCCGGCCCAACUUGCAGAGGAGGACUCGGAUGAAGAAGAUGCUGGCCCGCAGAGGACUUUACCAAUUCGUUCCGAACAGAAGAAAGAGGCUCCAAAACUGCUUCCUCUUGAGCUUCUUGAAUCUGACGAUGAAGACAGCACCCCUGCCUCUGCCAUCACGCAGAAACGGAGAAAGCUUGAUGUUGAUCCGAAGCUUCUGGUCGAACCCAAGAAUCCAAAGGACAAGCGUGUGGGCUCGACGGCGUACCGGGUUGUGUCGAAUGGUGGAGAUCCAAGGUUGGCGCCCAAGGCGAAGAAGCAAUCUCUCAAUUUGAAGCAGGCUCUGCUCCGGAGGGACCGGGUAGCUAAACCCAGAGGAGGUUUUUUUGUCAACAAGCGUUAA